AUGGACGAGUCUUCCCAUCAGAUGCGUUUCAUACCGGCCGAGAUGCCCUUCAUUGUCUCAUCGGACUCUGGAAAAGCUGACCAGUCUACUCGGAAGCUAAUCAGAAGCCAUGUCAUGCGCGGAAGGAAACCCAAGCGUGCCAAAAGACGAAGUGUAGUCGGUCGAGCCUCGUCGCAUCCAAUCCAAAGAAUCAAGGUUACGCUACACGAAGUAGUCACCAUGUAUACAUCGCUACAGCCGCAGGGUGUUAGCACACAUUUGUACUUCGUCGACUUUCCCAGCGAGAUAGAGCCCUCUAUUCUCAUGGGCAUGGCGCAAGUGUCGACUGUGGCGAUGCGAAUCAUCUUCCCUCUGCUAAUGGAGAUUGGGUUUCACCCAGACGGCAAGACGUGGCUGUACCCAGCCGAACGUGACGUCGCGGCGCUUCACAUCAACGCUUUUGCGAUACAGACAUUUAUCGACAGAGUGUUACGCGGACAUCCUCAAGAGAUGGUCAACGCAUCGGCGACGUUGCAUCAUCAAAAGGGCCUCAAGCUUCUUCGCGAAAGACUCGGAGGGAAUGACGAGGAGGCCAAAGUCUCCGAUGCUACGAUAAGUGUAGUCCUAAAGCUGGCAAGUGCGGCGCACUUUAAUGGAGAUGUCGAAGUCUCUAGACACCACGUGCAGGGUCUUCGCAGGAUGGUAGAUCUGCGAGGGGGGCUGGGCGUCUUUCAGGAGAACCCCAAGCUCUUGGUGGAACUUUGGAGAUGCGACCUUGGCACUGCCUUGCUUGCCAACAAGGAUCCCGUAUUCUAUCGCCAGGCGAAUGAACCAGUGCCUGCCUAUCCCGAGCUGACAAUGUCGAAUUUAGGCGUCCGCCCUCACGCACGAGAAAACGCGGAAUUCGUGCACGGCCUCGACGAGCGCUUAUCAGAGCUGUGGACGGUCGCGAGAAAGUUUUGCCUGUUAGCCAAUCUGGGGACGCAGACUGAAGGAAACCAAGAUUUUAGUGGCAUGAUCCAAAUUCGCAUCGACAUCUUCGUGGGUGUCGGGCACGCCUUGCCCCACCGCUGCUCCCACCCUAAACCAGUUUUGGCCACUUUGCGUCUGUUCUGGCGGAGCCGAGCGGCCUGCCCGGCGGACAAAGCCCUCGGCACCUCCGUCGAUGUGGAUUUCACGAAGGGUGCCUCGGACUACUUCUCCGAGAGCGGCGACCUAGCCUAUACUUCAAACGGCGCCGUGCUCACCGUUUCUAAGUCUGGAGACGCCCCCUUCCUCACCUCCGACUUCUACAUCAUGUUCGGCCGUGUUGACAUAGCUCUCAAAGCCGCCCCCGGCAACGGAAUCGUGUCAUCUCUCGUCCUCCAAUCUGACGAUUUGGAUGAGAUCGACAUGGAGUGGAUGGGAUAUGACGGAGCCAACGUACAGACAAUGUAUUUCGAUCAGGGCGUCGGUCCUAGCACUAGGCUUGGCAUUGUCGCCGCUGCGGACAAUCAGGGAGAAUUCAUCGACUACGUCAUCGAUUGGACAAGUGAGCGCAUUACCUGGUCCGUAGGUGGCACUGUCGAGCGCACCCUCGAGGCUGGCGACGCGAGCACGUUGGAAUACCCCCAGACGCCUAUGCAAGUGAAGAUUGGUGUGUGGUCUGCAGGUGAUGAGGACACCAACGCCGAGGGAACUGUGGAGUGGGCUCAUGGUCCGACGGACUAUAGCGCGGGUCCGUUUAGCAUGUACGUGAAGAGCAUCAAGGUGACGGAUUACAGCACUGGCGACGAAUAUGUAUACGGCGACAAGAGCGGAUCGUGGAAGUCCAUUGAGGCCGUCAACGGUGUUAUUAAUGGCAACCUCGAUGGCAACUCCACGGCCUCCAAGACCACAACCGAGACUACUACUUCUGCUAGAUCAACUACAGCUACUGGGACCGGAAAUACAUCUGCCACGAUCAGCUCCUCGGCAAAGACUUCGUCAACUACAGCCGAACUCUCAAGCGUCGCCGUGGCUAAGGACGCUCAUUCGCUCUACUAUAAUAUUGUUAUUGGCGUUUUUGCUCCUCUUCUGCUUUUCUCUAUUUAG